CCCCACACCUUUCUGCGGCCCUACUCCUCGCUCCCUUCCGACUAGCUCUCCUCAGGCCCCGCCCCCAGCCCCAAGCUCCGCCCAUCACUCCGGCCCCUCCCUCGCUCUCAGCGGCCCUGCCCGCUGUCCGGGCCUCGGUCUCCCGAUCGGCGUGCGGCCCCGUCGCUCGGGCUCGCGGUGGAAGAUGGCGGAGUCCGGUGGCAGCAGCGGCUCUGGUCAGAGCCCCGAGCGCCCAAGCAGCUUAGCCGACAGGAAUGGAGCCCUCAAGUGCACCUUCUCUGCUGCUGGCCACAGCACUGGCCUCCUACAGGGCCUGGCUGCCCUCCGUGCACAGGGCCAGCUGCUCGAUGUGGUCCUCACCGUCAACAGUGAAGCCUUCCAUGCGCACAAGGUGGUCUUGGCGGCCUGCAGUGACUAUUUUAGGGCCAUGUUCACUGGGGGCAUGCGGGAGGCCAGCCAGGCCGUCAUCCAACUGCAGGGUGUGUCCGCACGAGGCCUUCGGCACAUCAUCGAUUUCGCCUACAGUGCGGAGGUGACACUGGACCUAGACUGUGUGCAGGACGUGCUGGGUGCCGCCGUGUUUCUGCAGAUGCUGCCGGUGGUGGAACUGUGCGAGGACUUCCUGAAAGCCGCCAUGAGCGUAGAAACGUGCCUGCACAUUGGCCAGAUGGCCACCACCUUCAGCCUGACGUCACUGCGAGAGUCGGUAGACGCCUUCACAUUCCGCCACUUCCUGCAGAUCGCAGCAGAGGAGGACUUUCUGCGCCUGCCACUUGAGCGCCUUGUCUUUUUUCUGCAAAGCAACCGGCUGCAGAGCUGCGCUGAGAUUGACCUGUUCCGCGCUGCUGUGCGCUGGCUGCAGCACGAUCCUGCCCGCCGCGCCCGUGCCAGCCUUGUGCUGCGUCACGUGCGCUUCCCUCUCAUGCAGCCCGCUGAGCUGGUGGACAGCGUGCAGACACUUGACGUCAUGCUGGACGAUGCCCUGUGUCGCCAGUACCUGCUGGAGGCCUUCAGCUACCACGUGCUGCCCUGCCGCCAGCAUGACAUGCAGUCGCCACGCACGGCUGUGCGCUCUGACGUAGCGUCCCUGGUGGCCUUCGGAGGCACGCCCUAUACCGACAGUGACCGAGCUGUCAGCAGCAAGGUGUUCCAGUUGCCAGAGCCCGGAGCCCGCCACUUCCGCGAGCUCACGGAGAUGGAGCUGGGCUGCAGCCACGCGGGCGUGGCCGUGCUGGAUAACUUCGUGUACGUGGCAGGCGGCCAGCACCUGCAGCACCGCAGUGGCGAGGGCGCAGUGGAUGCCUGCUACCGUUACGAUCCGCAGCGCAAUCGCUGGCUGCGGCUGCGGGCGCUGCAUGAGAGCCGCGUGCAGUUCCAGCUCACUGCACUGGGCGGGCUGCUGUAUGCCACAGGUGGCCGCAAUCGCGCGGGCAGCCUGGCGUCCGUGGAGCGCUACUGCCCACGCCGUGACAGCUGGGAUUUUGCCUGCCCACUUAAGCGCCGCACCUGGGGCCAUGCGGGUGCUGCAGCCGCUGGUCGCCUCUACAUCUCAGGUGGCUAUGGUGUCUCAGCAGAGGACAAGAAGGCGCUGCAGUGCUACGACCCUGCGGCCGACCGCUGGGAGCCUAGGGCGCCCAUGCGUGAGCCCCGCGUGCUGCACGCUAUGUUGGGCGCUGCUGGCCGCAUCUAUGCCCUAGGUGGCCGCAUGGACCACGUGGACCGCUGCUUCGACGUGCUGGCCGUGGAGUACUACGUACCAGAUGCCGACCAGUGGACCAGCGUGACACCCAUGCGCGCUGGUCAGUCGGAAGCUGGCUGCUGCCUGCUGGAGAGGAAGAUCUACAUCGUGGGUGGCUACAACUGGAGGCUGAACAAUGUCACAGGCAUUGUGCAGGUGUACAACACUGACACGGAUGAGUGGGAGAGAGACCUGCACUUCCCAGAGUCCUUUGCAGGCAUUGCCUGUGCUGCUGUCCUGCUGCCCCGCUCGGGUCAUGGGAGGUAGCUUGGGAUCCUGGCCUGGUUGUGUUCCCCACAAGUGUCAGACCCCAGCCCAGGGGGUCCCCACCUCCAGCCCCAAGUCAGCAGAGAGAUCUGGUCCUAGAGGUUUAGGUACCAGGGCAGCCAGCGCCCUGUGGGCGGGUGUCUCUGCACUGUGCUAUGUGGUUAGGCCCUGAGUUCCUUCACCCCUAGCCAGACAGUAUGAGCUUGAUGGCAUGAAGCACCAAGCCCCGGGAGGAACAGCUCUUCCUGUCUGCUGACUAAAUCUUCUAAAGUCCUGGACUGGAUCUUUCCAUGGGGUCCACCAGGCAGAGAGAGACUCCUCAGAAUUGCCCUCCGAGCUCCACGUGGGCCCACCGUGGAGCUCAUGUGCACGCACAUGGUCAGAGAGUAAGACCGUGAGUCUGCGCUCUGCUGCCCGGACAUCAUUCGGGAUGGAGGAGCCAGAGCGCGUCCCAGAGGUGCCCUGACAGGUGGCAGAUGCAGCCAUGUCUUCACCACACGCUCCUGGCCUGCUUUGACUUGUGGACUUGUGGAGCACCCCAAAGGCUCCCUGUCCAGUUAACCCAGCAUUCUCUGCCUGUGCCACCUACUUUUAUAAGAAGACAGAGCUCAGUGAGGCACGGUGUGGCCCGUCCCGAUAUUCUGGAGGCUAAUGAGGGAGAAUCAUUGCAAGUUCUAGUUAGCCAGGGCCACAAAGCCCUGCAACAAGGAGACCCACAGAAAGCAAAAGCAGAGGAACCACAAAAGUCACCUCGGGUGAGGUGGCCUGUGUCAGACGGCCUGGGAGGAGAGCCAGCUGGGUGCCCGUCUUCUGUGUCGGGUACAGCAUGCCAGGAUUCCAGGUGUGGCCCAGCCGGGUGGGUGGUGGGUGCUGUGGCCGUGAGCCCAGCAGCCUCACGAUGGUAGCCCUACUUUGUUUUGCUGUUUAAACCCUGGACUCUCAUCUUCA